AUGACACAGGCUCUCGACCUAGCGACAUCUUUCAAGACGCUCGUGGAGGGACUCAAUGGCCAAUUCGAAACAGAGAAAGCGAAGGUAGCUGCUCAAGCGGUAGACCUCUCCGCCAAAGACGCUCAGAUCGAGAAACUCCAUGAUCUGUGGAAGACUUCAAGUUUGCGGGAAGAAUCAGCACGACUCCAAUGCGAGCAGACCGCGAGUCAGCUUGACAUUGAGCAGCGCAAGCUUGAGAGCAGUACGACCGAGCUGAAUGCAAAGGAGUGGGAGAUUAAAAACCUUCAACGCCAGACGGAUGAGUGGAAGAGAGCCUAUGAACGAGAAAAGACAGGUCAGCGCGAGACUGGACAGAACAGAUCUAUGCUCAUGAGGGAUCUCGCCGAGGAGAGGGCCAAAAAUGCCACCAUCACCGAGUCUGUCACUUCUCUGACGAAGGAGAUCGCAGUGCUGAAGCGGGCCAAGACACCAAAGAAGACUCAAGAUACCGGAAAGAAAAUCAAUGACACGCCGAAGGCACACGCGGACACGGCCCAGAAGCUUCGCAAGAAGCAUGAGGAGACCGUCCGCAAACUUGAGACGAAGCAGAAGGAAGAGACCAACGAGUUGCAGGAAGAGUUGAACGCAUCUCAGCUAAGAGAAAGUCUUCUGCAGGAUGAGAAUUCCGAGCAGGCUUCGGAGAUCAAGUAUCAAGAUUGCCAGAUCACAAAGCUAAGGAAGGACGUCAAGAAAGCUGGAAAGAAGUCCGAGAAGGAUGCACAGAAGGCCAUUGAGAAGGCAAACAAGGAGAUUGAAGGAUUUCGAGCUAUGGCUGAGAAGAGCGAGGGCAAGGCUGAGAAGUACGAGGAAGUUUUCGAGGCAGCAAGAAAUGUGGUCCGGAGCGACGUCAACAGAGACUGGCAGGACUUUGCAGCAAAGAUGGAGGAUCUCUCAGAGGCGGUCAAGAGUCAUGCUUGA